AUGAAAGCAAAUACCGAAGAUGCACCUACUCGGUCCAAGCAAGAGCUGGUCCAAAUUUUCAAUUUUCUUUAUCGUUACGUUGUCACACUGAGGCACCGCCUUGUGGAUCUUUUCGACCAUUCGCCGUGUUUUGUUUUUGGUUUGUUGACAAAGCAGAAGAAAGUGGCUUGUUCUGCCCUGCCACACGUGGUGCUCAAUCGCCUAGUUUUUGCCACUUUGAAGCGUUCUGUGUUCCUACGAGCUUUUCAAAGUCAACAAGAAUAUAUCAAUAUGGAUGAAUUCAUACCUCUCGGUGCAAGAGCGGUAGUACCCAAGAGGAUGAAGAAUAGCAACAAAAUAAACCAUGAGAAAAGGGGAAAGGGAAAGAAAAUUCUGAAGGGAAAGAAAAUGGUUCAGAGAGAGAAGGCCAAGAUGGUCAAGCAAGUUAAGGAUUUGGAAGCCACAGAUCAAAAGCCCUCUUUCAGAAUCAAACUAAUUUUUCAACAACGAUGUCCAGCAAUUGCAGAAAUUUGCAAGCUUCAUCCUCUUAUCCGAAAGGUGUCCAUUCCUAAGAGGCCCCCAAGUAUUAGACACUGUUAUCUGAAAUUUAAGUCAGCAGAGGAACUUGAAGAAGUGCGUUUGUUUUUGGACAAGAAACAUUUUGAACCUUUCCAUGGCAUAUUGAGGUGUCAUAAACCUCUACCUGAUACUUUAAAUGAAAUAAAAAGUUCCAAUCCUGAAUUGUUGGAUCAAGAAUAUUUGACUCCAGUUGACAUCAAACAUGCCAAAUUUGUUCACAACAAAAAGUUAGGAGCUACUAUAGACGUUAAAUGCAACUCAACAGCAAGAGAAUUGUUCCUUCGAUACGGUGUUCCUUUAUUUGUAAAAAAAGAAAAUCAGAAUGGUGGGGAUGCACCUCCCUUUACAAUGGAUGAAGACCAGAAUGGUAGGUGUUCACCCUCCAUUUCAUCAAGUGAAGAAGAAGAUGAUAUGAAUGCACCUGAAGUGUACUAACUCUUAAGCCUCAUUAAAUACUCUAGUUCUUUUUUCUUUAA